GGGGCGGAGCCACGCGGUUUGGGCGGGAGAAUUCGGGCGGCGGCGGCGGCGGCGGGGCCGGUGCGGGUGUCCGGAGCCGCCCGCAGGCGCUCGCCAUGGCCCCCGGUGCGCAUCAGCUUCGUGGUGUCCUUCUCCUCGCAGGACCCCCGGUACCCGGUGGAGAACCUGCUGCAUGGUGACGGCCGGCGGCCGUGGCUCAGCUGCCCCCAGGACCGCAGCCGGCAGCUGAUGGCGGAGCUGCGCUGGAUGAGAGCCAGCGCCAUCGGCUACGUGACGUCGGGUAACUGCGGCUGCGCCUUCGUGCAGGUGGAGGUGGGGCGCUCCUCGUGGCCCCUCAGCCGGCCCUACGUCCCCCUGGUGCCCAGCGUCACGCUGAUGACGCCGGCCGAGUCGAGGACGGGCGAGAACCGCUGCGGGGUCCGGAUGUUCAAAGAAGGUGAAGGGCGGCCCCACGAUUUCCUGGUGCAGGCGGUGGGGCAGAAGUGGGACCGCCUGCGGCUCACCUGCAGCCAGCCCUUCAGCAGGCGCGGCCAGUUCGGGCUCUCCUUCCUCCGCCUGCGCAACCCCGAUCGACCCCGAGCCAGACCCGCGCCCGGCACCGGAGGGGUGCCGAGCUCGCCGACCAGCCCCUGGCGCUGCAGCCCUGCCUUCUGCAGGACCUGUCCCCAGAGCCACGCUCGAGCUCGAGGGAGGAGGAGCAGCUCAGGAGCCGCCUGCAGCAGCUGGAGCCGGGCACCGCGUCCCACGCCUGGAGCCCGGCCCGCCUCAGCCGCCCGGCCAGGAUGGUGCUGUCGGCGGCGCGGAGCCGGGCCGUGAAGCCCCGAGCCAGCAACCGGCGCCCCGGGGAGCAGCCCCAAGCUGCCGGGCUGAGGACCGGGGAGGCCCCCGCAGCACCGGGGUCCACGCAGGACGCCCCUGCACCCCCAAAGAGGGUCCGCAGGCAGCCGGGCAGCAGGCAGAGGGCUCACAGCCCCGCAGGCAG